UGGCAAAGUGUCAAAUGAAUUUGUCAGUUCGAAGGGGGCGACACUUUGGUCUCGAACCCGAACUCUGCGAACACUCCGGACAUCAUGUACAGCACUUGGGCCAUAAAAACAAAUUUAAUUGUUCACCAAAAAGAAGGAAAAGGAGGGGCAGGGGACUUCCAUCGGAAGGGACGGCCAAGGAAAUCACGUGCGAUCCGCGUCCAUAUCACAGGUGCUUCCGUUCCCUUUUGGAGACGGAGACGGAGACCCAGAACCCAGAGGCCAGAGAAAACCAGAAAACAGCUCGCAGCGGAUGGACAAAACGAAUAACGACCGACGAGCGAUGCAUACAAAUACAAAACCACAAGCAACUUCCGCCGCCGCAGGAUCAGAGAGCCCAGGCAUCGGAGAACUGUAGAACUGGAGAGAACUCGAACCUGUUCCCAUUCCAUUCGAUGGGAUGCAAGAUGUGCCAUGCGAUGCCAUCCCCAAGCCAUCCUCAUUCGAUUUGCGAUUCGAAUUCCCCGAAAGCUGCCGUGAGUUGGCAUUUUUUCCGCGAUUUUCGACGCUGUGUGUGCAGUUUUCGGUUUCAGCGAAUUCAUAAUGAUUUCAUUGAUCUGUCAUUCAAGAGCUUCAGCUUCCAGCAUGUCUGCAGUGCGAGGAGGCUGAAUGCGAAUGGGAAUGAAACUAUGGUCAUGUGCCAUCGCCUGUGUCUCCGGGCAAAAGGGGCUAUGCAUAUACAUAUGUACGCUGGGCAUGGUAAUACUGAUACCGAUACGAAUGCUGAUAGCUUAUCAACGCCGUUUCCUUGCUCAUUAGAGCAGCUCCGCUGGCCAUCGUAUCAGUGA